AUGUUUCUUCUGAUCAAUUUGGAAGAUCACCUCUAUGAAAUGGGCAAAAUUGUGACUGAGCUUGUAAAUAAUUAUAAUGUGCCUAUUUCCAUAGUCGAUAGAGUUGAGAAAAUGUGCCCUCGGUGUUCUUUAAACUCAACAGAUUCGAAUGAGUCUAAAUCCUGUGGAAAGCAUCCUCUUCUUACAAUGCCCAAGGAAGUUGAGAAAGAUAAAAAGAAAUCAGUUCUCCGUCCAAUCACAAAAUUUGAAGUCAUAGAGUCGAACAAUAAUAUUAAUAACAGUAAUUAUAAUAAUGAUAAUCAUGAGGGUGAUAACGAUAUUGAUAAUGAUCGCCAAAUUCAUGUGAAUAGUGGACAAAUUGAUAUUAGCCGAAUAAGCAGUAGCGAUGUCCUCUCUGCAAUGACUGAUCCCGCUUUUCUUAAAAUUGAUCUGGAGGCCGUAGCUCAGAAUACUUCAACAACUGUUCCAUCAAAUGUUUUGUUAGGCGAAGGAUCAUCAUCCUCUACUGUUUCAGUGUCAUCCGAAGACAGAGAGGAAACGCCGCAGCCAUCAUCUGUUGAAUUUCCUCUGAAUAAUAUGCCCAAUGGAACCGAGACCGAUGGUGAAGACUGUAAUAUCAACUCGCUUGAUAAAGAGGUGGAUACGAAUUUUGAGACAUUGCACCCCUCUCUUCUGGCUUGUUUAUUAUCAACAACACCGAACGUCUUUGCACAUUAUUCGCGGCUCUCCCCAUCUCCCUUAGACCAGCCGUCCAGUCCCUCCACUGAGCCGAUAAACAUAAAUUUUGGAACUGAGUUAAAUAUUAAAUCCCCCAAUUCCGAUAAAAGAAAUCUUGGACAUGUCGUUUCUGCAAAUGGAAAGUUACGACGAGGCCGCAUAGUGUAUAACACUCGAGAUCUAGAAAUUCUAGAAAGUUUUUAUAACGAAGAUCCUAAUGCUUGUGCUGAUCCUUUCAAAAAGAAACAACUCAUGGAAACAUUAGGCAUCGAUGCGCUAAGGGUAAAAGUUUGGUUUCAAAAUAGACGUCGGAAAGAUAAGCUGAAAUGGCUAAAUGAGGUCAGAACCUGA